AUGACGAAACCAGCCUCGUUCAAACCAACCCUGAUCAUCCACGGUGGCGCUGGCAACAUCCAACGCUCCAAACUACCCCCAGACCUCUACGCCGCCCACCACGCCUCACUCCAAUCCUAUCUCCGCUCAACACACGCCUUCCUCAAAAAUGGAGGCACAGCUCUAGAUGCAGCGGUCCACGCCGUCUCCCUCCUCGAAGACGACCCCCUCUUCAACUGCGGCCGCGGCAGCGUCUUCACAACAGCCGGCACUAUCGAAAUGGAAGCCUCCAUAAUGGUGACAUCCGUUCACCCCGACCCAGCACAGCCAGGCGCAAUCAAACGCGGCGCAGGCGUGAUGGGCCUCCGUAAUGUCCGUCACCCGAUCCGUCUCGCGCGCGAGUCGCUUCUCAGAUCGGGUGUCGCCGCUGAUGGAUCUCCUGUAGAUGACGGAGGGAGUAUGCAUUCCCAGCUCGUUGCUCCGUAUGUGGAGACUCUUGCUCGGGAUUGGGGAUUGGAGGUUUGUUCCGAUGAGUGGUUCUUUACGCAGAAGAGAUGGGAUGAGCAUAUAAGGGGUUUGAAGGGCGAGGAGGAGCCUGUCUUUCUAACUCAGGGCACUGUGGGGUGUGUCUGUCUUGAUCAGUGGGGGAAUCUGGCUGUUGCUACCAGUACCGGUGGUUUGACGAAUAAGUUGCCCGGGAGAAUUGGUGAUACGCCUACCCUGGGAGCUGGGUUCUGGGCCGAGGCUUGGGAUGAGAUUGUCUCGGGUGGUGCUGAGGCAGUGUCGGAAGAUUCCUCUGUCGGUGGCUUGUUGCGUAACGCGAGAAAUUGGCUCGGGGAUUGCAUACCGUCGUUCUUGCGAGAUCAGGCCCUACCUAGUUACUCGCCCCUUUCGGGUGAUUGUUCCUCCCGGCAGCUGGACUUGGGGUUCGAGAAGGGUUGUCAUUCUUAUCAACCUUCUGCUCAAUACUCUCAUCGGCGGGCCAUCGCGGUCUCUGGGACGGGGAAUGGAGACUCGUUCCUUCGGGUUGCGGCUGCGCGCACGGUUGCUGCAAUGCUACGGUUUUCACCGCCAGGCAGGUUCCCCUCUGGACUUGCAGACGCAGUGACGGCUGUUACUGGGCCUGGUGGUGAACUUCAACGUUCGGCCGGCUCCAGAUGGAAAAAGACUGGCGAGGGUGAAGGAGGUAUUAUCGGUAUAGAGGCAGAGAUUUUCCCUGUGAACAGGGCAUCGGAUGUCAAACUACAUCGGGGCAAGGUUGUAUUCGACUUCAAUUGUGGUGGUAUGUGGCGUGCUUGGGUAGAGGAGGAUACUGCUGGCAACGAAGUUGAGAAGAUUAUGGUCUUCCGAGAGCAAUACCAAUAG